AUGACCGCACCCUCCAGAGUGCACGCCUUGAAUCUGCUCAUUCUGCCCCCCGAGAUUAUCCCGAUCAUAGUGGAUUACCUGUGGCCCCACGAAACCAUAUCGCUUCUCAUUGCAGUCCCAAAGCUCGCCAAUCUCGUGACUGAUAAGCAACUACGGUAUCGAGACAGAUGGGGCUAUACCAUAUUACAUCGGGCCAUUGAUGAGAAUGCUGAAGCAAUCGUCAAUCUCAUUGGCGGACGUUGUGCUCAGGACCAGGUGGCUACUUGCCAGGGCUAUACGCCCUUACAUCUUGCUAUUUCUGGAGAUCGCAACAAAAUUGCUAAAAUGCUUAUCAAUGCUGGUUUUGACUUGUCGGCCAAGGAUCUAGGGGGACAAACUCCGCUUCACUGGGCCUGUUCUCAAAGCGGCAGGAACAGCAAUUUUGCUGAAAUCGUCCAGCUCAUGCUCGCUAAGGGGGCCGACCCUUCGAUUGUCGCGAGAUUCCAGGAAACACUUCUGCACGCUAUUCUUUGGGCUGACCAGAAACCCAAUCUCACCGUCGUCCAGAUGGUGAUCGACGCUGGGGUAGAUGUCAACGCCUUGGACAUUGAUGGGUUUUCGCCUCUCUGGUGGUCUGUAGCCAAUGGUCAUGAAGAUGCCUGCGAACUUCUUCUUGCUCAUGGAGCAGACCCGCACAUAUGCACCCCCCAUGGAACGAUUCUACAUGAGGCGGUUGCAUAUGAACGAGAGAAUUUGGUGAAACGCGCUGUGGAGCUCGGUGUUGAUCUAUCCGUGCGGGACCACGAAGCAGAGACCGCAUUGAUGGUAGCUACUUGUUAUGGGUCCGACAACAUUGCUCAGAUACUCAGGGAUGCACACCGUUGCAACCCGGUCGUCCAGACCAGGGCAAGUUUGGAGUAG